UCCCACUCCGCCCGCGCGGACUCUUCUCAUCUCCUCUCGAGCCGUUGGAGAUCCACACUUUCCUCCGAUCCCUCCCGGCCCUUCCCUCUCUCCACCGAUCGCUCUCCGCCCGCCGGGCGAUCCGACGCCGCCAUGGACGUCGAGUACGACGUCAUCGUGCUGGGGACGGGGCUCAAGGAGUGCAUCCUCAGCGGCCUCCUCUCCGUCGACCGCCUCAAGGUGCUGCAUAUGGACAGGAAUGACUACUACGGUGGAGACUCCACAUCGCUCAACCUCAAUCAGCUCUGGAAAAGGUUCAAGGGCGACCAAACACCCCCUGCACAGAUAGGAGCUAGCAGAGACUACAAUGUCGAUAUGGUUCCAAAGUUUAUGAUGGCAAAUGGGGCUCUGGUCCGUGUACUCAUUCAUACUGGUGUCACCAAGUACAUGUCCUUCAAAGCUGUGGAUGGAAGCUAUGUCUUCAACAAGGGAAAGAUUCACAAGGUUCCUUCUACUGAUAUGGAAGCUCUCAAGUCUCCACUGAUGGGAUUGUUUGAGAAGCGACGAGCAGGGAAAUUCUUCCUUUAUGUUCAAGAUUAUAAGGAAAAUGACCCAAGCACUCAUAAGGGUUAUGACCUUACGAAACUAACUACUAAACAACUUAUCUCAAAAUAUGGUUUGGAUGAUAACACGAUAGACUUCAUCGGUCAUGCUGUGGCUCUUCACAGAGAUGACACCUACCUUUCAGAACCUGCACUCGACACUGUAAAGCGGAUGAAGCUUUAUGCAGAAUCAGUGGCUCGUUUUCAAGGAGGAUCACCAUAUAUUUAUCCCUUGUAUGGCUUAGGAGAGCUUCCACAGGGUUUUGCUCGUCUGAGUGCUGUCUAUGGGGGCACCUACAUGUUGAAUAAACCAGAGUGCAAGGUCGAAUUUGACUCCGAAGGUAAAGUCUGUGGUGUUACAUCAGAAGGAGAGACUGCCAAAUGCAAAAAGGUUGUCUGUGAUCCAUCCUACCUACCUGACAAGGUCAAAAAAGUUGGAAAAGUUUUUCGGGCAAUUGCUAUCAUGAGUCAUCCCAUUCCAAAUACUGCUGAGUCGCACUCAGUUCAGAUUAUACUACCACAGAAGCAGCUUGGCCGUAAAUCAGACAUGUAUGUUUUCUGUUGCUCCUACUCUCAUAAUGUCGCAUCAAAGGGGAAGUUCAUUGCAUUCGUGUCUGCACAAGCAGAGACUGAUAAUCUACAGACAGAACUGAAGCCUGGGAUCGAUCUUCUUGGGGCAGUGGAUGAGUUAUUUUUUGACACAUAUGACAGAUAUGAACCUACUAAUGACUCGUCAUCGGACAAUUGUUACAUCUCAACAAGUUAUGAUGCCACAACACACUUUGAAUCCACUGUUAUGGAUGUGCUUUCCCUUUAUACAAAGAUCACUGGAAAGAUGGUUGAUCUUAGCGUGGAUCUAAGCGCUGCAAGUGCUUCCGAAGAUGAUAUGUGAUGCUUGCUAGACUGUUACCCUGGUGCAAUGUAGCUAAAUAUUCAAUUAAGCUUUGGUUUUGCAAUUUCUUCUUAAUUAGACUCAGGACCCUUUAUUUUUCAAUUAUGUUAGUUAUUUUUCAUGAGAAGAUUGUAUGCUGUAUAUUCCAAGUUUUUGUUUUCUGAUAUUGAUAAGGCAAUGUACCAUGUUAAGCUGUUGAA